AUGGCGACCUCCGUCUUCUACUUCGGAGAGAUCGGAGUAAACGACUACAUCUUCGCGCUAUUCAGCAACCGCACAGCCGAAUUCGCGGCGAGCUUUGUGCCGGACAUCGUCGCCGUCACCCGUUCGGCGCUGAACGCCGUGGUCGCCGCCGGUGCAAGGACGGUGCUGGUGACGGGGAUGAUCCCGCUGGGGUGCGAGCCGGAGCUGCUCGCCCUCUUCCCCGGCGACGCGCACGGGGAGUCCGGCUGCAUCACGGGGUUCAACGAGAUCGCCCAGCUGCACAACCGCGCGCUCAACUGCAUGCUCCGCGAGCUCCGGCGGAGCCACCCCGGCACGACCCUCUUCUACGCGGACAUCUACAGCCCCAUCGCCAACCUCGUCGCGUCGCCCGGCAAAUACGGUUUCGGCGACAGGCCGUUGGCCGCGUUCUGCGGCGGCGGCGCUGGCCCGUACCACUUCGACAUGGCGGCGUUCUGCGGCACUUCGGACUCGACGGCGAGCUCCGACCCGUCCGAGUUCCUCUCGUGGGACGGCAUCCACUUCACCGACGCUGCCAACAGGUUCAUCGCCCAGGCGCUGCUCAGAGGAUUGUAUAACGCGUCGGCGAUGGCAGAGCCACAAACUGCACUGUUCUGACAUAAGACCGUGUCUGGAUUUUACUCCAAGCAGGAUUAUAUCUCUCGGUCGGACAUAAGCGUCUGUGACUGAUUUGUACUGUUCACGCCAUUUCUGUGAGAUCGACUCCCAUGUCGGCACCACCAGGAAGACGCUGACGCAACCCUUUCCAUGACAUGUCAUCAGCGAAAUAUAUGUGAUUUUUUGUUCUCUUUCUAAUAAAGGCUAUUGAUCUUGAA